AUGCCUAUCAAUCAACCGUCAGGACAGAUCAAGUUAACUAAUGUUUCAUUGGUGAGGUUGAAAAAGGCUCGCAAGAGAUUUGAAGUUGCGUGCUAUCAAAAUAAAGUCCAAGACUAUCGUAAAGGAAUUGAAAAAGAUCUGGAUGAAGUGCUCCAGAUACAUCAGGUUUUCAUGAAUGUUUCGAAAGGCUUGGUUGCCAAUAAAGAAGAUCUACAAAAAUGUUUCGGGACCACAAAUAUUGACGAAGUGAUCGAGGAGAUCAUGCAUAAGGGAGAGAUUCAAUUAUCGGAAAAGGAAAGGCAAUUAAUGCUUAAUAAAGUCAACAAUGAAAUGCUUACAAUAGUCAGUGCUAAAUGUAUUAAUCCUGUGUCAAAGAAAAGAUAUCCACCCACAAUGAUCCAUAAAGCUUUACAGGAGCUGAAAUUCAGCCCUGUUAUCAACAAACCUGCCAAAUUGCAAGCUUUAGAGGCUAUCAAAUUAUUGGUCUCUAAGCAAAUUAUCCCAAUUGUAAGGGCGAAGAUGAAAGUUAAAGUGGUUGUAAGUGAGCCAUCUAAGCAAUCUGAACUCAUUGAAAAGAUUAGCAGAUUGAUAACUUCAUCACCUGGAGAGUCAACGAACUCGGAUUCGGAUCCAUGGGCCUGUAUAGGCCUUAUUGAUCCUGUCAACUAUAGAGACUUAAUGACCCUGUGUGACAAAAAGGGAACUGUGCAAGUCUUGGAUAUGGCAGUCAUAGAUAAUACAACGCAUAACUAA